AUGCAGACAGGAAGAAGCUGUGAGGUUCCUGGCCAGGAAAGAGGCAUCUAUCACCCAUCUAUAUUUGAAUAUACUGACAUAUUAGUGACAUGCGGGCCGGAGGAAAUUCAACUAUCUAUUUACCUGUGCCCAGUGUACUAUGCUGGUUAUAAUGAAACUGAGCUCUUCAUGAAUGAUAUUUUAUCUAAUCCUGGCUGCCAAGGAACAGUUGAUUUAUCAAACACAAUCCCAUUCCUGACAUUUGUUUUUUCAAUCAAUGACAGUUCAACUUGUGGCAGUUCAUUCCAGAUCCUUGAUGAAAGAGGAGAUGGGAUUUUCCAGAGUUUCUCCACAAUCCAGUAUGCUAACAUCAGUGGAAUAAUCAAAUCAAAAGAUCCAAGUGUUGGUGUCAUCACCCGGAACCCAGAGUUGAAGUAUUUAUAUUCCUGUACCUAUCCUCUAGAAUAUCUCUUGAACAACACUAGACUGGAUGUGGCUGGAAAUAACAUAGCCAUCAACACUAAUAACGGUAGCUUCAUCAGCACACUCUCUCUUCAGCUGUAUUCGGAUGAAGGCUACUAUAGACCUCUCUUCAUCCCAACAACUGGAAUCAAAUUAAACACCACAGUCUAUGUUGAAGUGAAAGCAGUCAACCUGACAGAAAAGUUCAAUGUGCUGCUGGAUCGAUGCUAUGCCUCCAUUUCCCCAUACCCAACUAAUUCAACCUACUAUGACCUGUUUGUUGGAUGUCAAAAGGAUCAGUUUACCUUCAUAAAAACAAACGGAGUCAGUCAAUCUGCACGAUUUUACUUCUCAGCCUUCCGAUUUUUAGAACAAUAUACCCUGCCAGUCUCAACCUUUUACUUACAUUGCAUCACCCGACUCUGUGAGACAACUGCAUGCAGUACUUUUAAACCAGUUUGCUCUAAAAGAAAAAGAAAUGUUAGAGCUGCUUCAGGAUCUACCGUUAUAUCUGAUCCAGCAACUAUUACUUCCCCAGGGAUCAUUACCAAUAGUGAUACUGGUAUACCAGCUGUUGCAAGCUCCAGUACUUCCAGUAUUGAUUCUGAAGGAAUUGUCAGCUCUGCUGUUGGCUUGGGAAUAACAGUCGGCUUCUUGGCCUUACUGUGUACGCUCAUGGGAGGCAUUGCAUACCUAAUGCACAGACGACUGAAAAAGACUAGAUACCAGGAAAAGAAUAACUUUCAUUAGAGUGACAUAUAUACUGUAGUAUGACAGUAUGAUAUCAUUUUUUCAUACAUAGAAAGUAAAAAGCCACUUAGAAGCUGUCUAAGGAGAAUUUAGCUGAAUACAUAGUUGUAAUAAUUCAUGUGUAAUUGUUUAAAUAUGAUUAAAAUAUAAACUGCAUUGUGAUAUGAUUUUAA